AUGCCGGAGACCGACUGUUUCGAUUGCCAGGUGUGUGAAUUGCCCAACAACGAUAUGGUGCAAUGCGAAGGCUGCCUCAAGUGGUCGCAUUUCGGAUGUGUGGGAUUCGACGACGGGAAGAAGGAGGACCACUGGAAGUGCUCGGAUUGUGUCGCCAAGUCAACAUCAUGUGGCGCCGCCGGAGAACCCAGUGGACUAGCCCGUAGCGAGCAGCAGCAAUCAAACGGCUCACCUCAGGGCGCAGGAUCGAUGAGUGAGAUUGCCCGGCUUAACCUCAAACUGCUAGAAGAGCGAAAGGCCGUCUUGCUUAGGGAGAUCGAACUACAGCAGGCGGCCCAGCUCGAGCAGCGGAAGCUACAGUUGGAGAAGGAGGUUUGGAAGGCGAGGUACGACAUAGUGAACGGGAGGUGUGAAGAAACCAGCGUUGAAGCGGAAUCCAGUGGUCUUGGAGACUGGAUGAGUCGGUUGGACCAGGUCGCUGUCAGCCAGAAUCAGCAAUUCUCUGCUCCGGCGAGUACGGUGACGGUCCCGACGAUUUCUGGGACAAGGCUGCAGCAACCCUCGGCUGGGGGAACAAGACCAACACCGCAGGUUGUGCGGACAUGCCUACCGACUAGCACGUCUGUCUUCGGGAGCGAAUCAGGGUCAAUUUCCCAACCACCUUCCAACGCGCUGGCUUCACAAGCUAACCGAGCCCCCCUACCUGCGAGUGCGUAUGCGGCGGGACAAGCUACCAGUUUUAUGCGUGAUUUCCAACCUGGAGGAGGAGCGAACCGUCCGGGAUCGUCGACGCCGAUCACUAAUGCGAAUUGGGUCAACCCUAUGACGGGUCUCACCAGCUCCACCCAGCGUUUGCCACCAUCCAUCAGCUCGGUGGAACAGCUAGGAAGCCACCCGAUGCAAUCGGGAUACGUAAGCCAACCGUGUCAGGUAACGAAUAGCAUAAGUAAUUACGUACCAGUAGGGCAGGUAGCUUAUCCGCAAUAUGCUAGUGUAGGGCUAGGUAAUCUCCAUUUGGGUUCAAUAAACGCACCUAAUUCCUACACUCCUCACCCCCUCCCAACGAAUCUUCCUCAAAACAACCCAUACAUCUCGCAAGCGUCUUUCGGUGCUCAAACCAUUCCCGCCGCGAAUGUCGACAACUCGACUCCGACCGCUCGACAACUCGCCGCGCGGCACGUUAUGCCUAAAGAUCUCCCGUCGUUCAGUGGUAAUUCAGAAGAGUGGCCAAUGUUCAUUAGUGCCUUUAACACUUCCACGGAAGCGUGCGGAUACAGCAACGUAGAAAAUCUUGGACGACUUCAACGAUGCCUGAAAGGUGGGGCCUUAGAGGCAGUUCGCAGCCGUUUACUACUGCCUUCGUCGGUGCCGCAAGUGAUACAGACGUUGCAGAUGCUGUAUGGGCGCCCGGAACAAAUAAUCUACGCGUUGCUCCAGAAGGUACGAGAGGUUCCGGCACCGAAAGCGGACAAUUUGUGCACAGUUGUAGCCUUCGGGAUGGCAGUGCAGAACUUCUGCGAACAUCUGGAGGCGGCUGAACAAGUUCUACACCUCUCAAAUCCAGUGUUACUUCAGGAGCUCGUGGAUAAGCUCCCAGCGAACUUGAAGCUCGAGUGGGUAGCAUUCAAGCGGCAAUUUGCGAUGGUUGACCUCCGGGUUUUCAGCCGAUACAUGGCCAAUCUUGUGUCAGCAGCCGCUGAAGUCACCCUAACGUUGGAUCCGAAGAGUGCAAAGCUGAAGAAGGAAGAGAAGCCGAAAGGUUUCGUGAACGCACAUGCUACGUCAUCUGAGAAACCAAAAGUGGAGCCGACGAAGGUGGUUUCCUCAAUCACCUGUCUUGCCUGUGGGGAUCCAGAUCAUCGAGUGAAGGAGUGCAAGGUCUUCAAGAAGAUGGAUCCCGAUGACCGUUGGAAAGUGGUCCAGAGCCAUUUUCUCUGCCGGAUCUGCCUCGGAAAGCAUGGCAGGAAGCCAUGUCGGUCCGCGGCUCGUUGUGACGUGCAAGGCUGCCAAAUGCGUCAUCAUCCGCUCCUGCACUCCGAGUCGGGAAAUUCUCCGGCCGCAGCAAAGCCGGCGCCACAAGGAGGCGAGGUGCCACGGAAAAGUCCUACCGAAGGUGUAAACACUCAUCACACCCAAAGUUCCACGCUAUUCCGCAUGCUGCCAGUGCGGCUUUUCUGCAAGGGACGUAGUGUGGAAACAUUAGCCUUUAUCGACGAGGGUUCGUCCGUCACGCUCUUGGAAAAGAGCCUAGCCGAUUCUCUUCAGGCCGAAGGAGCGGAGAUGCGUCUCUGCCUAACUUGGACGAGUAAUAUCAGCCGCGAAGAGGAAGGUUCGCGCCAAGUGGAGGUGGAGAUUUCUGGUAUCGGAGGAGGCAAACGAUAUUCGUUGAAGGACGUCCGGACUGUGGAAUCCCUAGCGCUACCGGCCCAAACAUUGCGCUACAAAGAACUGGCUGAUCGUUUCGACCACCUGCGAAAUCUGCCAGUUACGGACUUCGAAUCCACAACCCCAGGAAUACUCAUCGGAGCAAAGAAUACCCACAUCACCGCCAUCCAACAAAUACGAGAAGGUCGCGUAGGAGAACCAAUAGCGGCGAAGUCUCGCCUUGGAUGGGCAAUCUACGGAUCGAUGCCAAACGGAUCAAGCUUUGCGAGUUGCAAUUUGCAUAUUUGUGGGUGUGGUGCUGACGAUAGUUUGCACGAACUAGUCAAGAAGUAUUUCACAGUGGAAAACGUGGGCGUCUCGAUGGAUCAGAGUCCUGAGUCCGACGAGGACAAACGGGCGAGGGCACUGCUCGAAAAGACAACCAGGCGAGUUGAAGGCGGAUUCGAGACCGGGCUACUUUGGCGUUACGACUACGUAGAGUUUCCAGAUAGUUACGCAAUGGCGGCGAGACGGUUACGGUGCCUGGAAAGGCGCUUCAACGCGGAUCCUGUCUUGUUCGAGUGUGUUCAGCGCCAGAUCACGGAGUACCAACAGAAGGGGUACAUUCACCAGGCCACGAAGGAAGAGUUGGCAGCUGUCGACCAGAGAAAGCUGUGGUACCUCCCGGUUGGAAUAGUAAGGAACCCGAAGAAGCCGAACAAGAUUAGAAUCGUGUGGGAUGCAGCAGCAGUGGUGGACGGUGUCUCGCUAAACAGCAUGUUGCUGAAAGGGCCGGAUUUGGUGCAACCUCUUCCCGACGUUCUUUGCGGAUUUCGGGAACGGAGAAUCGCCGUGGUGGGCGAUAUUAUGGAGAUGUUCCACCAACUUAAAAUACGGCGAGACGAUCGAUAUAGCCAGCUUUUUCUCUGGCCCGGUGAAAUCGGAAACUCUCCCCGGAUCUUCGUCAUCGACGUGGCGACAUUUGGCUCCACCAGCUCCCCAUGCUCGGCGCAAUAUGUGAAAAACUUGAACGCAAUCGAGCACUCAGAGAACUACCCAAGGGCGGCGGAGGCGAUCGUGCGUCGGCACUACGUCGACGAUUACCUGCAGAGUUUUGACAGCGAGGAAGAAGCGUGCCAGGUCAUAGAUGAAGUCAAGCUGGUGCAUCGGCAAGGCGGGUUCAUCAUUCGUAACUGGCUCUCGAACUCAUCCACAGUUCUCCAACGGAUCGGGGAAACCGACGCCGGUUCGAUGAAGAUAGUCAGCGAAAGCGGUUCACAAAUAGAGCGUGUGCUGGGCAUGCAGUGGAAGGCAACUGAGGAUGUCUUCGUAUUCUCCAACGAAGUCGACUUGGCGACCGUUACUCCCACCAAGCGAGGAAUCUUGCGCUGCGUGAUGAGCCAGUUCGACCCGCUGGGACUCCUUUCGCAUUUCCUCAUCCAUGGUCGUGUUAUUAUUCAGGACAUCUGGCGAACCAAAGCCGGUUGGGACGAUAUCGUAGAAGAGCCCAUCAUGGAGCGUUGGCGACUAUGGACGUCGAAGUUCAAGGAGCUCGAGGAGAUUCGAAUCCCACGCGCCUACUUCCCGGGCGUGGCAGCGUCCAACAUUGAAGACUUGCAGCUCCAUAUUUUCGUCGACGGUAGCGAGACUGCAUACGCAUGUGUGGCCUACUUCAGGGCGACCAUUCAGGGAGAAUACCAUUGUGCGCUCGUCGGCGGGAAAGCGAAGGUUGCACCGAUAAAAGCGCUUUCGAUCCCAAGGUUGGAGCUCCAGGCUGCCUUGAUAGGCUGUAGGCUAAUGAAGACCCUCUGCAACAGUCACAGUCUGCCGAUAUCGCAACGAGUGUUCUGGACCGAUUCAAAAACCGUGCUGUCCUGGAUCCAUUCCGACCACCGGCGCUACCGACAAUUCGUCGCCUGCAGGAUAGGGGAAAUCCUCUCGAAAUCUAAUCCCGCAGAGUGGCGGUACGUCCCAUCGAAGGUCAACGUCGCAGACGAUGGCACAAAGUGGGCCAGUGGACCAAACCUGAAACCCGACAGUCGUUGGUUGAAAGGGCCAGAUUUCUUGUGGAAACCUGAGGAAUGUUGGCCACGUCAGGCCGAACCCGAAGCAACCAUCAUCGAAAUUAGAUCAUGUCAUGUUCAUCGUUCAACGGAACACAACGAAACCAUCGACUGGAGCCGCUUUUCCAAAUUCGAAAGGCUUAAUCGGACUGUUGCCUAUAUCAUCCGCUUCGCAGACAACUGUCGGCGGAAGGUGAUGAAGAUGCCACUGCAGAACCUGCAUAUCACCCAAGAGGAACUCAAUAAAGCUGAGAACGUCAUCUGGAGGCUGGUGCAACAUGCGGAGUUUCCAGAAGAGAUGUUUCAACUACAGAAGGCGAAAGAAGGGCAGAAGAUGAAGCUGAGCCGAGCCAGCCCGAUCUACAAGCUGUCGCCGUUCGUUGAUGAGUGCGGUGUAGCUCGAAUGGACACGAGAAUUGCCGGUGCGAUCUUCGUACCGUUCGACACCAGAUUCCCGAUAAUCCUCCCAAAAAGACAUCAGCUAACCAAUCUAGUCGUGGAAAGGUAUCAUCGACACUAUCUUCACGCAAAUAACGAGACGGUGAUCAACGAAGUUCGUCAGCGGUUCCACGUCCCGUGCCUACGUGCGCUGGUGAAAAGCUUGUCAAAAACCUGCAUGCAGUGUAAGGUGUCCAGAGCCAAGCCCGUGUGUCCGCGUGAGGCUCCCCUACCGAAGGCGCGCCUUAGUCCGUACAUUCGCCCCUUCAGCUUUGUUGGGUUGGAUUACUUCGGUCCCAUUCAGGUCAAGGUCGGGCGCUCUCUGGUCAAGCGGUGGGUGGCGCUCUUUACAUGCCUCACCAUCCGGGCUGUCCACCUAGAGGUAGUGCAUUCCUUGACUACGGAGGCGUGUAAGAUGGCAAUACGACGGUUCGUAGUACGAAGAGGCGCGCCCCUGGAGAUCAGAAGCGACAAUGGCACCAACUUCCUGGGUGCGAGUCAUGACCUUAAACAGCAGAUACAAGAGAUGAAUCAACAACUAUCCGCCGUCUUCACCAACGCUGCCACCAAGUGGGUGUUCAACCUGCCAUCGGCCCCUCACAUGGGGGGUUCAUGGGAGAGGCUUGUCAGGUCCAUCAAGAUUGCCUUUGCGGCCCUAACGACUACCAGAAACCCGGACGACGAGACUCUUCUGACCUUGAUGAUUGAGGCGGAAGGAAUAGUCAACUCUAGACCCCUGACCUGUGUGCCAUUGGACGCAGAAUCGGAAGCAGCUCUAACGCCGAACCAUUUCUUGCUGCUGAGCUCGCAGGGAGUGACCCACCCGCCGGAGGUUAUUCCAGAUCGCCCGGAGUCCCUCAGGACUAACUGGAGAUUGAUUACGAACCUGGUGAACCAGUUUUGGAAUCGAUGGGUGCGGGAAUACCUUCCCACUAUAGCUGGCCGUACCAAAUGGUAUGAAGACUCCAAGGAGCCGGAGAUCGGAGACCUGGCAAUCAUCGUUGAUCCGUCGAUCCGAAACGGAUGGCUGCGUGGGCGGAUUCUUUCCACAAUCAAAGGACGGGAUGGACGGUGCAGACAGGUCCUAGUGCAAACCAGCGGAGGAGUGCUACGGCGACCGGUAACUAAGGUUGCCAUUCUACGUGUCAAGGCAGCGGACAACGAAGAAGCUGAGGGUAACGCAGGACCACCGGAAGGGAUGGACGUGCAUUACGGGUCGGGGGAUGUUGGGGGCAACCCUACGCCACUGGUAUCCGAUAGCGCACAACCUCGCGCUUCUGUCCGUCAAAGUUUGAGCUCACUUAACCACAAAAACGGUGUGCUACAAAACCCUCCGAAAACGUCCGAAACGUUCCAACAGCGUAGCUACACUCACUCAAUUCAAUCACGUGUUGAAGAAAAUGGACGAGCCUUGGAUCUAUGUUUCGUGAGCACUCGAGAUCAGGCACCUUACACUGCAGUGGCACCCUCUGCGCUGGUCAAAGACGUUCCUCAUCAUCCUCCCUUGAUUAUCAACGUGGAAGAUUCGCUUGUCCAUGACUUCGAAGAUGCCGUUGCCUCCGUAUCUUACGACUUCCGGAGGGCCGAUCUUCGUAGCAUUGCUGAGGUGUUGACAAACCAGCGAACUACGAAAGAUAAAGACGAUUAA